GCCUUGUGUUUGUUUUGUAGAAAACAACGUUUACAUAUUUAUUUAUAUAAAUUUAAUAAAUAUAUAAUAAAUUUACAUACAUGUAUACUAGUAUACAAAAUAAAUAAAAACUCAGUAGUUUUAUUAUUGAAAUUUAUGAAGACAUUUAUAAAAGUGAUUGAUUUAUAAAUAUUUACAAAAUGGAUCCGAGGUUACAUCGCAGACCUGAACCUGAGAAGAGUUCUGGUGAAAUGAUCGUAGAGUGGCUGAAUGAAGCGGCAGUGAGUCAGAAUGAUCAGACAAAGGUUGGAAAUCUCACGAAAAUACAGGAGUAUCUGAUAAACAAAGAACCCCAGCUGAUGAAUAUUUAUCUCAAUGAGGUACUGCAAUUCUGUUCAGACCGUAAUUCGGAAGUUAGAAAAACAAUCGCAGGGUUCAUUGAACAAGCCGGAGAUAAGACACCAGAGAAAAUUCCUCAGAUGCUCACACCCCUGCUGCGAUUGAUAAACGACGAAGUGCCUGCGGUAUCAAAACGCGCUGUCCGGACCAGCGGUCGUAUUUUGAGAGCCGCUUUGAAGUGGAUCGUCAGCAGCAGCUCGGCGGUAGUUACUCCGGAAAUGGAGACUGCGUGGAAUCAGCUGAGCGCUCUGAAGGUCCAGAUAAUAAAUAUGAUUGAUAGCGACAAUGAUGGGAUACGCACGCAGGCUGUUAAGUUCCUCGAAGGCGUGGUCCUGCUCCAGACGCACAUUGAUCCCGAUAUGCCAAAGAAACCGGAUGAUUUUUCUCUGGAAGACGUGCCGUUGACUCUGAAAAUAGCGCGGCGACGUAAACUUGAGGAGGAGGCUAAUCAUGUGAUGGAUUUGCUGAUAAAAUUCCACGGGUCGCCGCAUGUAAGCAGCGUUAAUUUGAUGACAUGCAUGGGAAGUCUUGCGCAGAUAGCGAAAAUGCGCCCGCAGUUUAUGACAAAAGUUAUUGAAGCGCUGCAGCGUCUCCAAGGCGAUUUACCACCGACUCUGUCGGACUCUCAGCUUACUAGUGUACAGAAGCAGCUCAAGACGACUCUGCUGGCUCUGAUGAAGCAUCCAGCUAGUAUUGAACAUGUGCAGACUAUUGUCAAGCAAUUGACGCUGUUGGGAGCCAAGGAACAAGACAUCAUGAAGGCGUACCCGAAGCCAGAAGAGAUCCGUAGGAUGAAGAAGCGCCAGCAGGAAGCCGCAGCUGCUGCCAGUGCUGCCAAGCGCGCGAAAUUGGAGACAAUAAUCCCAACAAUUUCCGUGGAGGAGUCGGAACCUGAACCUCUCCCGGUGAUAACUAAGCCUGAGUUGAUUGAAUUGUCCGAGAGCUUCAUCUCUGAACGGCUGAGCGUCGAGAUAGCAACUGACCUAGUUUUGGACAGCAUGACCUGGGUCCCAGACACGAUGACUGCGAUAUUUGCACGGGAGUAUCAGCCUAGUGUGUCUCCGGACUUGUUGGAUCAGCGGCAAGCGAUCGCUAAGUUACUGGCAGCCCAAAUAAAACAGGCGAAGGCUAAGAAAAUAAAGAAGGACAAGGACGAUGAUGCGGUGAUGGAAGACUUGAUCAAGAAUCCAACUAUUUCUGUAGCUGAAGCCAAGCGCGAACGGAAGCGCGAGAAAGAUCGUGAAAAGGAGAAGGAAGCCAAGGCGGUGCUGGAAGCUGAGAAGACUCUCGCAAAACGGGCACGGAUUAAAAUACUAAAACUUGCGGAGGUCACCAAGCCGAUGCCGAGGGACGCCAAGGAAAAACAUAUGCUGAUGGCUGUUAAUAGGAUCUUGCGUCUCGGGAAGAGCGCGAUCUUUGCUGGACUUGUUACAAUGCAUUCUAAAGUUCUGACAACUCUUGCUGCGACUUUCAACCCGCACAUCAGAGAAGCCGUCUUGCAUUAUAUUUCGGAUGACAUAAGAACGCGACUGGAUCUCGCGUUAGGUUGGUUGUAUGAAGAGUAUGCGUUGCUUCAAGGCUUUCAAAGACGUACUAAACUCAGCACAAAUCCCCAUGAGGCACCACGACAAGCUUACAAUUUCGUCCUCUGUACCUUGGUAUCAGCUAUCGAGAUAAUUCAAGGCAAGGAUCGCGACCCGCUGCUUUCAAGGCUUUACUUCGAAGCCCCUUUGAUUACAGAGGACGCCGUCGAAGCGCUCAAGAGCAUUUCAUGCGACGAAUCGCGUGGUCUCGCUCCACUUAAUCUCCUCAAAGAGAUGGUUAUCCGAAGACCUACCAAGCAAUUGGUCUUUUUGAAUGUUCUGCUCUGUCAUACCGGUCACGAGAAAUCGGUGAUACGCGACACAUCGAUAAAUCUGGUCGUCGAACUCUACAGCCGUCCUGACCUCAGUAAACUAAUAGAAGAGUACGCAGUUCUCUAUCUAGGAUUCCUCAGGCUGCCGAACCCACCGGAGAUCGUUUUCGGACAGGACCGCGGUCGCGAGCAAAUUGAGCAGCACUGGACCGAGUCGACUACUCGCGCUUGUUUGGGACUUUAUUUAUCGUUGCUAGAAAAACACCAGGACUUGAUCCACGAACUGGCUCGGGUCUACACCUCGAUGGCUGCUGAUGUAAAGCGAAUUGUCCUAAGACUUGUAGAGAACCCCGUGCGCUCACUAGGAAUGGCCAGUCCCCAGCUGCUCGCACUUGUCGAAAACUGUCCCAAGGGUGCAGAGACUCUGAUCACUCGUAUCAUUCACAUCCUGACUGAAAAAUCACCGCCAAGCGCUGAAUUGGUCUCGCGGGUACGCGAACUCUACCAGACCCGAGUCUCAGACGUCCGGUUUUUGAUCCCCGUUUUGAACGGAUUGACCAAGAAGGAAGUAAUCGCUGCGCUGCCUAAGCUCAUCAAGUUGAACCCGAUCGUCGUCAAGGAAGUCUUCAACCGACUCCUGGGUACUCACAAUAAUGACACCGGCGUACCGCACACGUCGCCGCUGACUCCGGCCGAGCUACUAAUCGCCUUGCACAAUAUCGACUCCAGCAAAGCCGAGUUGAAGACGGUCAUAAAAACUACGUCUCUGUGCUUCGCCGAGAAGCAGGUCUUUACCCAGGAGACACUGGCGGUCGUGAUCCAGCAUCUGAUGGAGAUAAACCCGCUGCCCACGUUGCUGAUGCGAACUGUCAUACAGAGUCUCGCUCUCUACCCGCGACUCAGCGGAUUCGUCAUGAACAUCCUGCAGAGACUGAUCCUCAAGCAGGUCUGGAAGCAGCCGAAAGUCUGGGAAGGAUUCGUCAAGUGCUGCGAGCGCACCCAGCCUCAGAGUUUCGCGGUCAUUCUUCAGCUUCCGCCCCAGCAGCUCGCGGACGCUCUUAAGAUGGCUCCGGGUCUCAGGGAACCUCUUGUCAGUCACAUUGACCAGUUCGCCGACAACCAGAAGGCCCACAUAUCUGCUGCCGUCAUGGAUGUUAUUCACGGCAAACAAAUCGUUGACUUGCACGACGACUUCGACAUCGCACCGCCAGGAGAUUUUCUUCCUGUCGAAAUAAAAACGGAACUCGAGGGUAUCGCUGACCCCUCAGAACCAGCGCCUCCGGGUUUAGAUUAAUAAUUUUUUAAUUUA